AUGGCCAACUCGCCUGACUUUGAGAAUCUACCGUCGUGGCUGGUGCUGAGUCUACCGCUCUAUCGGGCGCUGGAGAAGUUGGGUGGUGUAGAGCAACCGGGGGUGGUGGUCACAGUGCUGCACAGGGGGCUGAACUGGGUGACGAUUCGGUGGGUGGUGCAAGGGAGGAAGGUGAACGUGGAGGUGAAGCCGAGGAGGAGGCAGGGGACGUUGAUGUGGAGUUUGUCGAGGGUGGUUGAUUCCCCGGAUUCUUCUUCUUCCAAACCACCUCCACCUGAACAAAAUGACGAGUUUCAGAAGGUGCUGGUGGAGAAGGUUUGGAACGAAAAGGGGAACGGGUGGAAGGGGUUGACGACGGGGGCGGCGGCGAGCUUGGAGGGGGGGGUGGAGGAGAUUGUUGGGUUGGUGGAUGAGGUUGUUAGGGGUGUUGCUGUUGGGGGACCUCAGCAACAGCUGCCGCACCAUCAGGGCGCUCCUCCGCAACCGACACCGCAGCAGCAGUUCCAGCAGGCGCAGGCGGCGAGGUUUCAGCAGCAGAUGCAGCAGAGGCAGCAGCAGCAGAUGCAGCCGGCGGCGAAUAUGACUGGUGGUCCUCCUCCUCCGCAACCGGUGAUUCCACAGGCGAAUAUGAUGAACCGGGGAGCGUCGGGGCAGGGUCAGCAAGGGAGGCAAGGGGGAACUAAUCAACAGGGUGGUUAUGGGAGUAGUAUGGCCAAUGCGCUCGUGUUGGAUUAG